UAUGUGUUUGUUUCAGAAAUUCAAUGCCUUCAGCUUGUCAGUCUACAAGUGCCCAAAGUGGUGAUAAGUGGCAAGCCAACAUGGCUUAACUGUACGUACGAUUUAGAAAAUGACGUACUGUAUGCUGUGAAAUGGUACAAAAAUGAAACCGAGUUCUAUCGCUAUGUUCCACGUGAUAUUCCUCCUGCUCAAAUAUACAACCUUCUGGGGGUGUACAUAGAUUUGAACAAAUCAUAUGGAGGUCAUGUGUUUCUUAAGACAACAGACGCGGAUUCUGAAGGUACUUACAGAUGUGAAGCGUCAGCUGAGGCUCCAUCGUUUCAAACAAUAAUGGCUGAAAAAGAUAUGAAAGUGUAUGUUAUACCACAAGAGGGCCCUACCAUCGAAGGCAUACAACCAAAGUACGACGUUGGCGAUUACGUAAAUAUCACAUGCAUAUCAUUUCCAUCUCGACCAUCAUCUGAUAUUCACUGGUUUAUCAACAGAAAAGAGCCACCCGAAGAGUUUUUAACUGCUUACCCAGAAAAUGAACAUAUUGGUGGCCUGGUUAGUUCUAAAUUAGGCCUUUACUUUGAAGUAACACCUGAACAUUUUGUACGAGAUACUAUUACACUGAGGUGUUCAGCUGUGAUUUCAAAUAACUAUUCUCUGAGCAGUGAAGAAAUCAUCAUUGGUGGCAGCGUCUUACCUUCUAGUCCGUACCCAAGUAUAGGAUCCAGUAGUGGAGGUCCUGUAAUUACAGGUGGAUAUUCUGCUUAUAGAAUUGACGACAUUGUGGAUGUUAACUGCACCUCUGGUAGCUCGAAAACUCCACCGUUACUUCGCUGGUUCAUAAAUGAAAAUCAAGCCAACAGUAGGUACCUGGUGAAUUACCCUUUACUUUUUGACAAAGCUGAAAUCAUUACAGCUUCUCUAGGACUGAGAUUUAUUGUAAAAGAGAAACAUUUUCAGAACGGAGAGAUGCAUCUCAAGUGUACUUCGACCUUAUCUGAAGUUAUGAAUAUGACUACCAAGAGACAGAUAUUUGGCAACCAUCAUAAAAAUUCGGGAUUUCAUGCAUCGGAAAGCGAAGCUCGUGGAAAUUGUGCUCGUCCAGUGAAUGGUCUUUUCCUUCCUGUGACUCUGUUCGUCGUAACUGCUGUAAAACCUGUGGCUAGGCCAAUCUAGUGUUUUAUUUUCCUUUUUUUUUUUUUUUUACACCGUGCUCCAGAGUAUUGAGAGUUAGUGAAAAAUGAGAGCAUGAUGAUACUCCUUUUGCCUGUAUGUUGAUAUAGUUUGAACAUACAUUCCAUUAGUUGGUUGAUGACCUCUUUACGUACAAUGUAUACUUGAGAAAAAGUGCACUAAAAAGAAUUUAAUCAGAAAUAGAUGGUGUAAAAUAAAUCAUUAAACAGACUCAGUGGAA